AUGGCCAUAAGUGGCGCCGUAGUGGCUACUGCCAUGUCCGAUGCUUGCCUCGUGAUUACUGCAAUCUUUACGGCCCGAGUCAACACUGACGGAGCCAUGGCUGUUCUGAAGGAAGUCUCUGACAUUGUCAUCCCCAGCUUCUUUGCAGUUGUUUUCGCUACCUUCGCUAUCCUAACCCUCAUUGACGGCAUCCCAGCCAUAAGCAUCGCCUUCCUCAUCUCAUUUCCCGUCGAUUUUACCCUCAUGGCUAUCCCAAUUAGCUUGACUAUCCUGGCUCUCAGUUCUCUCUCGACCAUGAUGAUGGCCCUCAUUGACGCCAUUUUUAUGACUGAAAACAUGCCCAUUCUCACCCCUUCCUGGGUCAUUACAAUCAGCUUGUCUCUUCUUUUUGCUAUCAGCAUGAUUGAGACGAUGAACACGACCAUCUUUACCCAUUUGCUGGGGGAUCUUACUGUUGUGGCUGUCCCGGCUAUCUGGACUACUACAGUGGGCCUCUUUGCCAUUUCAGCCAUUAUCAAUGCCAUUACUUACAUCGUUGCUAUGGUGAGAAGUACAGGAAUCGCUGCCUCUUUCCUAGUCUUUGCAACCGGCUUGACUAUCUUAAUCUUCGCUGCUAUCUCAGCCUUACUGCCUAUCCCGUUCAGCCUUCAGAUAAAUACCAUGACUCUCGGCCUACGAGUCAUUGUCAGAAUAUUCCGUACAGGGAGCGGACAAAUGGAUACAAGAGAGUCACUACGCCUACUGCACCAAAUGCGGUUCAUUUGA